AUGGAGCUAGUUGGAUGCUGCUCGCCGGUGGGCUUCGUUUUGUCUGCGAGCCAACCAAUGCGAGUUCCACAACCAUCAACAGUUUUCAGUUUUAUGCUUUCUGUUUUCUGUUUGGAGAUAAAGAGGGGAGAAUCCGGCUCAAUGAAGUCUCCUUUUACGGGAUUAACAGGUUAUAUUUGGAUGAGUUGUCGAAGAGUUGAGUAUGAUGAUUUGCGACAGGCGCCAAACGAAGCUCAAGCGCUUAGAUUGCCCUCGUUCCUUUCCUGGAUUCAGCAGCCUACUAAUGGCCAGUCGACGGUGCUAGCAAACAAUCAGCCCUCUCUGGCAGCGUCAAGCUCGCUUAUUGGCCACGUGAUUCCGCCAGGCGGUCACCGUGAGCACAUUGCCAAGUUGAAGCAGCUUGACACUGAGCCAAUGCUCGGCAGCGCCAGCAUGUUUGAGGCUAGUCGACAAAUGUCCAUGUCGCAAGCGAGUGCACCAAUAGUGCAGCAGCAACAGCAACAAGCGCUGCCUUCCACCACGACGGCCAGAAAACCCUUCCAGGCGAUGCUUAUGAUGCCUGGAAAGCACGGACACCUGUUCAGUUCGUUGCCGCGCUCGCUAUUUGGACGCCUCCUAUCGAACGCCGGCCAGUCAACGGCCACUCUACCUGCAGCCAAAGUUAACCCACAACAACAGCAGCAGCGGUUGCAGCAUCACCAGCUGCCGGCCGCUCCGGCAAACUGGCCGAACGCAAUGCCGUCAGCGGUGCAGGAGAGCCUGGACUUCAACCAUUUGCAUUUCAACCAGGAUUUUAAUUUGAACGAGGACCGUCAGCGUCAUCAGUUUGCUCAAAUGCACCACAAACAACAGGUGAGUGCUGGCGGUGCGUCAGGCGAACAUGCUAGUUCAUAUCAGCAGCAGCAGCAGCACCACCACCACAAACCAAUGCACGCAGUCGACGAAACAAGCGGCUCUCUGAGGCCGCAUGAGAAGCACGCGCUAGGUUUCGGCGAGAGUGCAGAUUUCAUGCUCGACUCUCAGAACGUGGACGAGUCCCAACAACAUCCUUAUAAUGACCCGACGCGGCCCAACGCUAAUGAAGCUCAGGUGGAACAGCAACAACAGCAGCAGCAGCAGCAGCAGCAGCAGCAGCUUGCGACAGGCGACAAACAGCAGUCCGGCCAGCAAGAAACCUUUGAGGGAAUGCCGGCCAUCUUGAUUAGCGAACAAGAGGCUGCAGCUCCGACGGGCGCCAACGAGCAGCAGUUCGUUGUCGUCGGAAACAACAGCGCCGAAUCAGUGACGGGCGAUCCGAUGUCGGAAUCAAUUACUAACACCACGAUGGCUCGCAUGGAAUCGGCAACAUCUAGCGAUCAGCAGGCGGCGCAACAAAACGUUUCCGCCGUUGCGGAAGCCAUCGCCGAGCUAACACGAUCAAUGGCAAACGAAAAUGCAAGCGGAAGCUCCGAUGGCUCGGCGGCGAUCGAUUCAACGACCAGUUCAAGUGUAGAAACUUCAACUAGAACAAAUUCUUCAGAACAACAACAACAACAGCAGCAGAUAUCUGGUGAAAGUAGCAGAUCGACAACCGAACAAGGUAACGUUCUGACGAGCUUGAUCAACGAUGAACUACUCAAGCUGAAGCAAGAGCCUGAAACUCUUAACAAGACUCUGGCCAGCAUGAGCGAGCCGUUGGCGGCCUUGUUCCUGGAACCAGGAUCGUCCACUGCGCAACCAGCCGCUAAGAAAGCGGGCGAGGCCAAUGAAAGUAUUAGUCAGCCAUCUUUUGAGAACCAGAUGAUGCAGUUCAAACGAAGGCCUGACGAGUCGUAUCCACUUGAGAGUGCCGAAGCUGGUCGGCUAGAGUCCUCGGCCGCCGCGAUAAUUGUUGCCCCAGGCGGCGGCGGAGGCGGCAGCAACGAGGCAACCGAGCAGGUUGGCCUGAGAAACAAUCGAGAUGAGGGCGAGGAGGAGCAAUUUGAGAGUUUCAUUAUCGGGCCCUACAAGGGAUUGACCAGCGACAAUUUAGUCAUGUCCAGCAUGAACAGCAUAGUGACUGCCGAACAAGAUCAAGCUCGCGAGCCAGACUCGCUGGUGGCCAAUCAUCACUACCAGCAGCAGCAGCAGCAACAACAACAUCCACAUCAACACCACCACCACCAACAACAACAGCUGCAAUCGCAUGUUGGAUUGGGGGUGGGCAGUAUGGCAUCGAACUUGAUCCAGCAGGCGAAAAGCCUGAUCCAUCUACCUUUCGUGCACCACCUCGGCUCAAGCAGCGGCCACCAAAGUAGCCAUCCAUUCCGAGGCCACUCGAGUGCGGUUUCGGCGGCGGCGAGGUUCAGAGAGCAGCUCAUCGAGCAACCCUCCUCGCCGUACUUUGUCAUGAUGGCCGACCAGCAGCCGCACCAUCACAGCAGCCAUCUUAGGAACCGAAAUCGCAAUCGGCCGUCCAUGUUGCGCCAGGAGCAGCAGCUACUGCAGCAAGCGGGCAGUUUGAAUCAUUACCAGCAACGACCCUUCUACAAGCAGCUGCGAAACAACCUCUGGCCUUCGGAUCCGUUCGAGCACCAGUUCAACCAUCAUCCGGCGUUGCAAGCGGCAAGCCAGCAGCAGCAGCAGCACCCUUCCCAGAACGCCAACAGGUACUUUCUCAUGCCGGCGUCGACGGUGGCCCAACAGCAAACUAGCGCCAAGUUGCAGCAGCGGCAGCCUCCGCCGCAUCGCUUACCAUUGGCUGCCCAAAACAGCAGGCACCCGCAAGCGAUGCAGACGAAACAAAGCACUGUGCCAUAUUUCGUCGACUCGGCGCCUUCAGCGGGCGCAAUGAACCAUAAAGCACAGGCGCAGCAGCAACACCAGCAGCAGCAACAACAAGUGUCCCAUAGCUUUGUACCGCUCGGUCAGCCGCAACAGGUGCGCAACAGGCCAAACGACAACGUUUACAACCUGUACUCGGUGCAGCCAAGCGGCCGACCGAUGUCAUCUUCGGCGGCCAGAAAGGGCGCCAACGGUCACCCGCUAAACAACUUGGCCGCCGACGCAGCGCAAUCCGAAGCUGCGGCCUAUCGGCUCCUCGUUAAUCAUCAAGAUCACUCUGGCGCGGCGCAACAGAGCGCUGGCGAGCAGCCAGCUGCAGAGGAUGCAGCUCAGCAAGCGCAACAGCAGCAGCAGCAGCUUCUUUCGAGUAAGCCAACUAAAUUCAAGGCAGGACUCUACCAGAUCGAGCCGCCCAAGUUGAAUGCCGAACAGAGCAAUACCUUCGAGCAGCAGCAGCAGCAACAGGCGGCGGUUUCGGGCCAGGACGAUGAGCAGGAUGAUACGCAACAGAGACAGGUGCAGCCGGAUGAGCAGCAGCAACAACAACAACUUAAAACAGAGCCCAACGAGCACGACGAGCAGGACGAGGCCACCAAUCAGCGAGGCGACGAUGCAGAAUCCCCGCCCCUCCCCGAUUCAGCGGGCGGGCACGAGUUCUCGAGACAGGUGGGCGCCACAAUUGGAGUGGCGCCAACCACUUUUCCGCCAGCAACCAAAGGGCGAGUGUUCAAUGAGCCUCUAACGCCAACUGGCCGCUUCACCCCGAUUCGUCAAUCGAGUUUAAGCGACGAUAUCAAUCAAGGCCGCUCCAAUGGUAAGGAUGUGAGCCAAAUGAAGAAGCUCAAAUUCUCUCAGGAUGUCACCUUGUACGAUUUUGAGAGCCCACAAACCGAGUCGGCUCGCCAAGCGGCCCAGUCAUUCGGCGACGAGCAAGCGGUGGCUGCCGGCCAGCAGCUCAGUUUGGCUGCCUCCAAACAGCAUGCGGCUCACCAACCGAUAGCCGGCGCACCAUCCAUCAUGAUGGAUCGGCCUUCAGAGUACCUGGAUACCCAAGUCUACACAGUUCCUUACACUCUUAGCGUUCAGCCCAACGGUCAGAUGUCGGCGGCACCCUCUUUUAACGCCGACCAUCACCAGCUGGCUGCGACGAGCGCAUCUGCCCAGCAGCAGCAGCAUCUGCAGCUGGCCAACAACCAGCAAGCUCGCCAUCUGCCGCCAUUCAAUCAAAUUGGCCGCUUCCCAAUCCCUUACAUGGCGCCACCUAGUCCGCCGCUCAUGGCCACAUCCAACGAAGUAGAGCCCACCGGCCAAGCGCACCAGUUCGGCUCCACACAACUCUUCCAGCAGCCCCAAGCGAGCUUCAUUGGAUUGCCAAGACACAAUCUGCCAUUCCAUCAUAGGCCGGACCCAAUGAAAGCCCAGUCGCAAGGGGCCAACAUCCACUACGAAUGGAGCACGCAGCAGCAUAUGCUUCCAGUGAGCGCCCAGCCGAUGCAACCAGGCGACAAUCAACCGGCUGCUAUGAAGCAAAACGGGUUUGAGACUGACACGAACAGGCAGCACUACUUCCACUACCAGCCCAUUGCUAGCACUGCUGCCAGCGCCGGCGCUGCCAGGCCAACCGAGUUCGAGGCAGCGCAACAAUUUCCAUCUGCUACCAAUACGGCAGCACCUCAGCCCGUUUCGAAUAGCCAAGAUGGGCAGCAAAGUUCACAGCAGCAACAACAGCAACAAGGCUUCGAAGGCUCAACUACCAGUAAGCAGGUUUCAAGCUUGCCCAAUCAACAGGAGCAAUACGUGUUGGCUAUACGUCACCAAAGCGAUUCCAUAGCUCCCAACGGAGCGGCGCUCUUUGCCUCCAACUUCCUCACCUCUCUGCCGCAACCAGUGUUCGCAAAUGAAACUAGCACAAAUCUACAAGCUUUGGCCGCCGACAACCAGCCCACUGAAAUAAACAAAACCCUCCAAUCGGAUGUUGCAGGCUCCGCAGCGGGUCAAGCCAGCUCGACAGUCGGCAGCUUGCAAGCGGAUAUUACGACUCCGAAUGAAGGCGAAGACGACAGUGACAAUGCUAACGCAAGCGAGGGAAACAGUAUCAGAAACAACAACAACAAUGCCAGUGACAACGGAAAACAAAGCGAUGCUGCUCGAGUAUACUCGAGCGAGAGACAAUUAGAGCAAGUGAUACGGCAGCAGCUGUCGCCUCCGAUAGCCAGCACAUCAGCACCGAGCACUCCUUCCGCGUUUUGCGCCGAGCGAGAGCCAGGUUUAUACGCCGACGAGAGCCAACGUUGCAAGGCCUACUAUCAAUGCGCCCCGACCGGACAUCAGAUGUUCCGCUGCAACAACCAGACUCAGUUCAAUCAGAAGACGCAAAACUGCGACUGGUGGUACAAUGUCAACUGCGGCGGCCGACUCGGCAGCCCAAGCGACUUUGACCAGGCGCCAGCGGGCCCGCAGGCAACAGUCGCCAGCGAGAGCUCCACCGAGCGACAACAAAAUCGCCAGCAGCAAGCGGAUAGAGAGACAGCCGCCUCGAGCCAACAGGAGCGACAGUUGGGAGGAACAACGUCGGGACAAGCCGAUGCGACAAGCGGAUCCAGCGAUAGUGACCAAAGGCAGCCCGAGGCGCCGCGUCAGCCUAAUCUUUCGGGCGCGCAAGAUAGCUCUUUCAAGCAACAAGUGGCGAUGCAUUCAAACAGGUGGUCAGUGGAGAGUCCGAUGAAAUCGGAUGGAACCAUCAAGCAGGAUGAAUCUGAGAUGCGAGCGGAUUUGUUCCACCAUUCGGAAUCGGCGGCAAACAUAACGGUUGCGCCCGACGUCAUUCGCCAGCAGGACAGACAGCAGGAGCAAACUUUCCAGCAGCAGCAACAGCAGCAGCAGGCGGCGCCAACGAGCUCCACGCCGAUCUAUGGUCGACCAAACGUUGAGUCCGACACUGUUCAACAGCAGCAACAGCAACAGCAACAGCAACAACAGACCCAAACCAGACAAGACGAGUUUUCCGAACGAAGCUCAACCACUCGAGAUCCUUUGUUUGCACAGCUGCCAACCAACGCCAAUGAGAUAUCGAGCGGCGGAUUAGUGAGCACUGAGCUGUCGAGCACAUCUAGUUUGGUCGACACUUCCGGCGAGUCGCGGCCUCAAGUUGGCGCCAUUCUAAAUGGCGACAACGAUCAACUCGCGCAAAGCUUGACAGCUUUAGUGGCCCAAGAUGUUGGCUCAGACAAUAGCACUGUCGGCAACGCCAGCGAUGUCGCCACAACCAGCUCAACCAGCACGAUCUCAGAUUCAACUAGCAGCAAUCAACAAGCGACGGAGACGACGACCCUAUCAAUGCCAACCUCGACAAGUAGCGAGUUGCCAUCGGCCUCAUCCGCUCCAAUAACCGACGAGGCCACCACGGAGAGCUUCGGCGGUCAGCUCGAGCAAAAUCAAGGCGCCGAUCAGAACAAUCAACAAGCCAGCAACAAGAGCAGACGACUCGUGCAAUCCGAGUUCGGGAUGGGCGUUCAACAGAAGCAGCUUCAUCGAGAGAGCGCAGCCAAAUCUGCCAGAUCCACUGCGCGCUUCGAGUUUAUCCGAAAUCCAUCGUCCUUGGGCGACGCCCUCUUCUCAGGCCAGCUGACGCAGUUGCAGUCGGGAGCCAGAUUCAACAACAUGCUGAACGAACAACAGGCUCCCAAUCACAAAUACAGCUCGCAACUGAGCACUGGUGAGCCCUUGUCAAGGUCUCACCAAAUUUAUUCAACAAGCGCCAAUCAAGGCUCGGUGAGUUACAUGCCACUCGACCAACAAAACUCGUCGCCAAUGUCACUUGGCAAGAAUCAAGACGAUCCACUCAAUCAACAGCAACGAGCCACUCAAAUUUCAUCCAAAAACAAGCUCAAUAGACGCUUUGGAGCCCGUUUGCAGGCCAGUUUGGCGGCCAAGCAGAUGAUGCCAGUCGUCGACGGAACCGGAAUCGGAACACCUGCAAGCGGCGCCGGCUCAACGCUGAGAUAG